CUGAAAAACAGGAAGUAUACGGGUUCCAGAAAAACAAAACUUAUUUCCCUGCUACACCAGUGAUUCAACUUGUGCAGGUCCACACUGCGGAGGGACUAUUUCACUUGCUUUUCUGUCUGUAAUAGUUUAUUUGUUUUUUUGCUGCAGUUCUUUUAAGAAAGAAAACCUGUUAAUCACUGAGCUGAUUGCAUAGAAAUGGCAGAAUCUUCAGGAAGUGAAUAUCAGGAGCAGUUCAGCUGUCCGGUCUGUUUGGAUCCACUGAAGGAGCCGGUGACGAUUCCAUGUGGACACAGUUACUGCAUGAGCUGCAUUACUGACUGCUGGGAUCAAAAGGAUCAGAUGCCACCGUACCAUUGUCCCCAAUGUAGAGAGACCUUCACUCAAAGACCUGUACUGAAAAAGAACACUGUUUUAGCUGAGAUGAUGGAGAAGCUGCAGAAGACAUCCAUACACACUGCUUCCUGCUCUCAGGAGGUCUCUUGUGUGGAGUGUGAUUUUUGCACUACAGAGAAGAAUAGAGCUGUAAAGUCCUGUCUGCAGUGUUUGGCCUCGUUCUGUGAAGCUCACCUGCAGCCUCACUAUCAGUCUCCUGCAUUUAUGAAGCACAAACUGGUCAAAGUCUCCACACACAUUCAAGAGAACAUUUGCCUCAAUCAUGGAAAACUUCUGGAUGUUUACUGUCAGGAUGACAGUCAGUGCAUUUGUUACUUGUGCAUGAUCAACAAUCAUAAAGGCCACAGUGUGGUAUCUGUGGAAUGUGAAUGGACAAAUAAAAGGAAAGUUUUGAAAAAAACAAAGGUGACAUGCCAAAUGAUGAUCCAGGAGCGAGAGAGAGGUCAGCAGGAACUCAGUGGGGCUGUGAAGACUUUUAAAAGUUCAGCUCAAGAGGCUGUAGAGGAAUGUAAAGAAGUCCUUAAUGGGGUCAUGUGCACUCUUGAGAAAAAAUGCUCUGAGAUGAAUGAUCUGAUCAGAGCUCAGGAGAAGCAACUGGAUCAGGAGCUGACAGAACUCAGACAAAGAGAUGAGGAGAUACAGAAACUUUUAAUUACAGACAAUCAAGUCCAUUUCCUCAAGAGUUUUCAAUCCCUGUGUGUCUUACCCACAUUCCAAGACUUGCCCAGCAUCACCCAGCAAACGUCUUUAAAAGACAUUUUAUUUUCAGUGCUCAGAGGGGUUUUGGAGGAUGUCUUACAAAAGGAAACAUUCAAAACAUUGCAGGAUGUGUCGAAUGUCCAUGUUGCUGAGCCACCAAAGACUUCAAAUGAAUUUUUGCGAUAUUUCUGUCAACUGCACCUGGAUCCAAACACUGCACAUGAAAACCUCAUCCUGUCAGAAGGGAACAGAAAAGUAUCAGGCACAGAUAAAGUCCAGAGGUAUCCCGAUCAUCCAGAUCGAUUUGAGUGGUUUCGUUACAUCCUGUGUAGAGAGAGUUUAAAUGGUCGUUGUUACUGGGAGGUUGAGUGCAGUGGCAGAAAUUGGGCUGUAGCAGUUUGUUACAAAGGAAUUAGUCGCAAAGCAUUGACUGACAACGGUAGGCUUGGCUUCAACAAAAAAUCAUGGAGAUUUGGCUAUUUUCAGGAGAAUUUUGGUUUUAUACAUGAUAAAGUAAGGGUCCCAAUCCCUGCUGCCUCUAGAAUAGGGGUGUAUCUGGAUCACAAGGCAGGAACUCUGUCCUUCUACAGUUUUGAUGGUAAAAUGACCUUACUGCAUAGAGUGCAGACCACUUUUACUGAACCCCUCUACCCUGCAUUUCAAAUUCUUGAAGACUCGUCUGUCAGAAUAAUACAGAAGAGGGGAGUACAGAACGAAUGCUACUAAUAAAAACAAAAACACAUGGGAAAGAAAUCAUCUGAACUGUUUACAGAUUAGAGGAUAAAUAAUUUAAAUGGUAAAUCACUAUAACUUGUUUUUCCCCUCUGAUGACACAAGACACAUUUAUGUUAUGCUCAGAGGUUCUGAAAUACUAUUAGUGUAAAGCUUUGACUGUAUGUAUGAUUGAAACUAAUGCAAUAAAAUGUAAUAACUGCAGUUUAUGUAUGAAACAUUUGUUUAAACUCCAACUGUAAAUUGCAUAUACACAGCCAAUCAAGACAUUCUCAAAUUGGAUAUCAAUAA